AAGAAGAGGUUAAAGCUUUGCUAAGUGUCUGGGCAGAAAAAAAUAUACGAAAACAACUUUAUGGAACCCUGAGAAAUAAAGGAAUAUUUAUUUACAUUGCUAAAAGGCUGCAAGCACUAGGAGUAUACAGAGAUUGGAAACAGUGCCGGGCAAAGUACAAAAAUCUCAAAUACGAAUACAGAACAGUUAAAUAUGCCCAUAACUCUGGAGACAGCUCUAAAACUAUGAAGUUCUUCCAUGAUUUGGAUGCGAUCCUGCAGUAUGAACCUGCCACACAAUUAACAGAGGAAGAUGCAAAUGGCAGGUGCCUGGCAACGCUGAACCAAAGUGCAGCUCCAGGGACCACUGAAGGCAAAAUGUCAGUUACAUUAGAAGAUAAGGAAGACACCUCAGGAAAUCCUUUACUUUUGGUUUCUCAUAUCAGACCAAUGGAACGAGGUAACUCUACAUCAAUUAUGGAACCCUCUAUUAAUCCAACUUUUAUUCCAACUAUAGCAAAUGAAGGAGGAAAACACUGGACUGUGCCAGAAGUCAGGGCUCUAAUUGGCAUCUGGUCUGAUAUAAGUAUACAACAACAACUAGAAGGAACAGUGAGAAAUAAAAGGAUAUUUGAACAAAUUGCGGCCAAGCUUCAGAAAUUUGGAAUAGAGAGAGACUGGAAGCAGUGCAGAACAAAGUACAAAAACUUAAAACAUGAAUACAAGAUUGUAAGAAUGGCUCAAGACCAAGGCAUAACUAAGAAUAUGAAAUUUUUUACUGAGUUGGAUGCUAUUCUGGGACACAAUAAGACAGAAAAAUCACAACAACGGGAAUUCCAAGAUGAAGAACAAGCCACCAGAUGCACCAAUGUAAAAAAAGAAGAGGAUCGGACAGAGGAAGAUACCAUAAGUACAGCGUCAGAAGAGGUGGGCGGCCCCAAAGCACCACAAAGUAUCACUGUGUCAGGUACAGGGUCUAAAUUGUUCAAAAAAAUUUUGGGGGGGCAACUGGGUGGCUCAGUCAAUUGAGCAUUGGACUUGUGAUCUCAGCUCAGGU